AUUAUUAUUUAUUUAAAUAAUAUCCACUUCUCUCUCACUCCUCUCUCAGGCCCACCUAUCUCCGAUCGGCGCUCACCGCCACCCAUCCACGACCGGCGCCCAGCCGCCGCCUCCUCCGUUCCCCUCUGCUCUCCUCUUUCGCUGCUCCCUUAUCCGACCAACGAACGCGGCGCAGCCGGCUUCUCCUCUUUCUCUCCCCUCGCCUGCUCCUUUCCUCUUCUCCGGCGGGAAACAACAACAAGCAGCAACCGCGAGAGAAGCAGCCAGCGAGGAAUAGGAAGCGCCUCCCUCUCCCCUCCUUUACUCUCCUCCUUCUGCUUCGGCGAAACAACAACAGCGACACCAAACGCUGCUCCAACCAGCGAAGCAGCACACUCUGGUCAAUUACAACAGCAACCUUGGAUACCAACAGACUUUUCGGAAAUCGUAAAGCUCGAGGCAACUGAGGAAGCUCAACAUCUAAAAAAGUUGAUACAGGAGUAUACUGCUUCUUUCAUCAAAAUAGGAGAUAAGAUAUUCCAGGGGCAAACCUGUCAUUUCCCCUUGUGGUUAUCCAAAAAGGUAUCACCUUUGCUUCCCUUCUUCAGUUGCGCGUGUUUUUGACUUCGAUUGGUGAGGAUGCUCCUUCAAUUCUAUGGCAAAACAACACAUUAACUAUGUGCUCUCUGAAAUCAACUUUUCCGAGGUUCUCUUUUGCGAACGAACAUAAAGGUAUGCCUUCUGUCUUUGCUGUGUUGAGUUUUCUCCGUUGAGUUUUCUUGUUCUAAUGCAUCUUUCCGUCUGUUCAAUGUUGUAUUUUUUACUUUAAAUUGUUACCUUCGAUUUAAACCUAAUGUUAUUUCGAAUUGGGGAAAAUUUAUUAUUGUAACCAUCCUAGGGUUAUAGCUGCAAGGGGCUUUUCAAAUUAUUGUAUACUUCACAUUUGAGUGUGGGUUAUAGCUGCAAGGGGCUUUUCAAAUUAUUGUGUACUUCACAUUUGAGUGUGGUGGGUUUAAAUUUGAAAAUAUUUCUGUCUCAUGCUUCGAUUUUCAAUGAAAGAUUUAGCUUGCUUCUGCUUAUAAUUUUGAGUUAUUUCGUGAUCAGGUACUAAAAGAUCAACCAAAAGACUGAUAUUCUUACUUCUGAUGAAUUUUACUUCUAUGUUUAACGGAAAUAGAUGAAAAAAAUAACAAUUUCAAAAAAAAUACCUUCCGUUUAAACCUAAUGUCAUUUCGAGUUGGGGAAAAUUUGUUACUGAAACCAUCCUAAGGUCACAGCUGCAAUGGGUUUUACAGCUUCAACUUGAAACUACAUAGAGGGUACGUGUAGUAAUGAAAAGAGGUUCGUUGUGGAGUUCAAGAAGUUUUGCUCUUAGUAGGUUGUUGUUAUUUUAGGUGACGAUAUCAUUUUGAGUUAGUUUUUCUGCAUUGUAAUUGCAUUCAAUAAACUACUCUCGGGUUCUCUCUGUUUUCUAUUUUCUACUUCGCUGUUACUCUUAUUGGUCUACUAGGACUCUGAGUCUCCGACAUUAAUUGACCUGUCCAGCGUUAUCCAAAAGAACAUAAAAAACAUUACUAUUUCUCUUACAAUACAUAGAUGGUGAUAGUUCAGGUAGGAGAAGAAAAAGAGGACAGCCAAUCGUUCACAUAUUAAACUCACAACAGAGGUAUUAAAAAUGAUACAUGGAUGAUGAUAGUUCAGGUAGGAAAAGAAAAAGAGAGCAACCAACUAUUUACGUGUUAAACUCGCGAAGAGUUGUUAAAUAUGAUACAUGGAUGGUGAUAGUUCAGGUAGGAAAAGAAAAGGAGAACAACCAACUGUUCUCACGUGUUAAACUCACGAAAGUGUUAUAAAAAAUGAUACUUUACAUUACUAUCUUCUUUUCAGUCGAGAAAAAAAUCAUUAAUUGCAUCUGUAGGAUUUUAGAGCUCACAUUUUUCCAGCUAAGGAAACAAAGGAUACACUCUUCACUGGCAAAUGUAAGUUCCUCCAUUUCUGUGUUCUACAUAUUUACUUAUAUUAAUAUAAUAAUAUAAUGUUCUGUUCUUUAUUUUAUCGAAAUAACUAUUUGUGCCUGGACCCUAACUGGACGUUAAGAUUUUACCAUGAAUAAAAGAAUUUUACUGAAUAUAUUUGCUACCAGAUGUCUGACACCAAACACAAAAUGAAUGCACUCUUAAAUGCCCAAACAAGUGCUGCCAAAAAAGAAGCCAAAAAUCUUAGAAGUCGAAUUGCUUACCAACAAAUGCCGCCUGAAAAGAAGACCGCUCUUCUAGCAUGAUGCAACACAGCAUAUUCUGCUCGAACGCGUGCUCUUUCCAAAAACUUCCUGUUGUCCAUUUUAAACAGCUUGACUCUGACUGUCAAACUAUAACUUCACUGCAACCUAUUAUGUUCCCUCAAAAUAAACCUUCCGCUGCUACCUCGCAGGCUCAAUCAAUUCAAUGUGACAGUGUCUAUGAAAUAGGUGUUACCGAUUAAAGUUACUCACUAAUAAUAAUUGAACAAUUGCCUUACACGUAUUUGUUCUUAUCCCUAAUCGUUUCACCUGGAAUACACCAUUUGAUUCCCAUUUUAGGCAUCAAACAAUGAAAAAGCCAACAGAAUAUACCACAUAAUUCCCAUACACCUACUAAAUUCGGCCCUUGAUUUUACAUUUCGACUGCCAAAACAAAAUGGCAACGGAAUAUACCAUAAUUUAAACUCACCUAAACUAAGCCUCAGUGUAUCUCCGUUCUGGAAAACCAGAUAAGAGAAGAAGAAUCCUAAAGGAAAAUGGAUGAUGGCCUUCUUAAUGCAGAAACUUCCUUGAAGUUAGUAGAGGAAACGAUUGUUGAGAAACAUACUCUUAGAAUAGAGAAAAUUCAAAUUGUACUACAUUUUACUAAAACAGAGGAUAAAGGAUGAGAUUGAAUGCCAUUUUGUUUUAUUUUCUUUGCUGAGUCAUUGCUGAAUAUUAAUUACAUAUGUAGGCAUCAUCAUAAAUAGAAUUUCCAUAUCCAAUACAAUGUUUUAACCCUUAGAAGUGAAGACAUCAUCUAUUAUCUUAAGAGCCCAAUAUAUAGGACAUCAAAAUUUGAUUAUCGAACAGUCUUGUAAGAAGAACCUUUAUUUUCCCAGCAUUUGUUUUUUACACCAUCAUUAAUAAGCUAAUCCAAUAUAAAACAUUAGGAAAAGGAAAGGAAUAAUCUUUUGGUGAAAUUAACUAGGUUUGUCUUUCUCUUAGCAAAUCAUUUUUUUGGACAAUCGUGAUUAAAGUUGAAUUGAAUUGGAUUAAGAUUUGAUAUUGAAUUGUGUUUGUGAGUUGAAUUUAAUUUUACUUGAGAUUGAUGCUAUGAUUGAUUGUGUUCACUAUACAAAAACUCAUCCAGACGAUUGUGAAGUAAAUGAUGUUCAUAAUAAUUGUUUGGUACUAAGAAAUCAUUAUUCUGCGAUUGUUUCUAAUUUCUAUUUUAAGUAUAUUGUUUGGUUUUAAGUCUUUAUGGCUGGAAAAUGCUGUGGAACACUGGGACCCUAAUUCCUGUGUCUGCUUUUUCUAUUAAACACAUUUGAGUUUUUAUAUCAAUCUGAAGUUGGUGUAUUAUCUUAUUGUUGAAUAUUCCAGGAAAAGAAAUGUCUCUGCUUACAAUGAUGGAGCUUAAAUUUGGUUACUGAUAAACCAAAUUGGAGAAGCUAUCAUGACAAUUCUUGAAGAAGUUCUUGUAUCACAUGCAAUGGCUGAGUUCUGAAAUUUCUGCACUGCUCAUUUGAAGGUAUGCUAAAAAGGUCGAAACUUUCGAUUCACAUACGUGAAGAGCUAGGAUCUCUGAAUAGGAACCCUACAUUUGCAUUUUGUACUUGUGUGACUGAUGACAAGUGUGAUAAUGCUAAAGCAAGAGGCGAUGGGUCGGAGUCUGAGAAUGAAUGGGAAAGAUUGCUUAAGCCUUUUGACUUCAAACAACUCCAAAGAUCACUCAAUAAAAUUACCCCGUAUCAGCUCAAUAAAUUAUUGGCACUCCCUUUGGAUGUACCAACAUCGAUGGAGCUAUUCCAGUGGGCCGGUAGCCAAACAAGCUAUUGCCACUCAUUUGAUGUCUACUUUACUUUAAUUGAUAAACUUGGGGCCGCCAAGGAAUUUAAGAUUAUAGAUAGAUUGUUAUUACGGAUGAAAGAUGAAGGGACAGUUUUCAAAGAGUCCCUCUUUAUUAUGAUAAUGAGGCAUUAUGGAAGAGCUGGUUUACCAGGGCAAGCAACUAGAAUACUUUUGGAUAUGUGGAAUACUUUCUCUUGUGAACCCACUUUCAAGUCAUACAAUCAAGCGUUGGAUAUUCUGUUAGCCGGAAAUUGUCCCAAAGUUGCUCCAAAUGUAUUUUAUGAAAUGUUGGGGAAAGGUAUUUCUCCUUCUGUAUUCACUUUUGCUCGGGUGAUACAAGCAUUAUGUAUAGUCAAUGAGGUAGACUCUGCUUGUUCACUUCUCAGAGACAUGACAAAACAUGGGUGUGUACCAAAUUCAGUGAUUUACCAGAUUCUUAUUCAUGCUCUUUCAAAGUCUAAUCGAGUAAAUGAUGCGUUAAAACUUUUGGAGGAGAUGUUUCUUAUGGGUUGCAUGCCCGACGUCAAUACUUUCAAUGACAUUAUCCAUGGGCUUUGCCGAGCUGAUAGGAUUCAUGAGGCUGCAAAACUGGUUGAUCGGAUGCUUCUUCGAGGUUUCACCCCCGAUGCUAUAACUUAUGGCAUUCUGAUGCAUGCUUUAUGUCGAACAGGGCGAGUUGAUGAAGCAAAGGUUCUUCUCAACAAAGCACCUGAACAGAAUAAUGUCCUCUUCAAUACGUUGAUCAAUGGUUAUGUGACUAAUGGCCGAGUUGAUGAAGCAAAAACCAUUCUGAAUGAGAACAUGUUGAUUAAAGGUUAUCAACCAGAUGUUUAUACAUACAACAUUCUAAUUCGAGGUCUUUGCAAGAAAGGAAUUUUGUCUUCGGCUCAUGAAGCUGUAAGCGAAAUGUCAUCCCAAGGUAUCCAGCCCAAUGCAAUUACGUACACAACCUUGAUUGAUGGCUUCUCAAAGGCUGGCCGCCUACAGGAAGCUUAUGACCUUGUUACUGAGAUGUCAGCAAAAAGUCUCAGCCUAAAUAUAAUGGGUUAUAACUCUCUUAUAUCAGCUCUGAGUAAACAAGGAAUGAUCCAACAGGCAUUAGAAAUUUUUGGUGAUAUGUCAAACAACGGAUGUAAACCAGACAUUUUUACAUUCAAUGCUUUGAUUUUAGGCUUUUGCAAGAUUGACAAGAUGGAUGAAGCUUUGGGGAUAUACCGGGAUAUGUUCCAGGAAGGAGUUAUUGUUAAUACAGUCACCUACAACACAUUGAUUCAUGCUUUCUUGAGGAAAGGUAAAACCCAAGAGGCGCUUAAGCUUGUAAAUGAUAUGUUAUUCAGAGGAUGUCCCCUUGAUGAGAUCACAUACAAUGGCCUCAUAAAAGCACUUUGCAAUGAUGGAGCAGUUGAGAGAGCAUUAGGGCUUUUUGAAGAGAUGAUGAGAAAAGGAUCAAAACCUAAUCAUGUAACGUGCAACAUCUUGAUCAACGGCUUUUGCAGAAUAGGUAAGGUUCAAAAUGCCCUUGAGUUUCUGAGAGACCUGAUACAACGUGGAUUGACACCUGAUAUAGUCACAUAUAACAGUCUAAUAAAUGGCCUUUGUAACAAUGGUCGAAUUCGAGAAGCUCAGAACCUCUUUGAAAAAUUAGAACUUGAAGGAGUUUGUCCUGAUACUAUCACUUAUAACACCUUGAUUUCUUCCUAUUGUAAAAUGCGCAUGCUUGAUGAUGCUUAUACCCUGUUUACUAGAGGUAUAGCUGUUGGUUUCAUUCCCAAUAGUGUCACAUGGUACAUAUUAGUUAGAAAUUUUGUUCGAAAGAGUUAUGAGUCAGUUACUACUUUGACUUAGGUAAGUCAAUUUGAACAAGAACCGGCAUUUCUUAACAUGAUUAUUUUCAUGCUGUUCUUCUUAUUUUUAUUGUUCUUUUGUUGUCCGUUCGAAAGAACAGACAACAUCUUGUGAUCGAGUGUCUUUCUUUUUCCUUAA